AUAGCAUCGUUUCCCAGAAAGAGGUAACAUGGCGGCUCUCUGGUUCCUAUCCUGCCUGGCGCUUUUCAGUGCCGCCCAAGGCUGUGGUGUCCCCAAGAUCCAGCCUGUCAUCAGUGGCUACACCCGCAUUGUCAACGGAGAGGAGGCAAUUCCUGGAUCGUGGCCCUGGCAGGCUUCCUUGCAGGAGAAAUCCGGUUGGCACUUCUGCGGUGGAUCUCUGGUCAGCGAGCGCUGGGUUGUGACCGCAGCCCAUUGUGGUGUGACGACCUCCAAUGUCGUGGUGCUUGGCGAACAUGACCGCAGCUCCUCUGCAGAGAAAGUACAGAAGCUGGCCGUCGAGAAGGUCUUCACCCACCCAGAGUGGAACCCCGUGACCAUCAACAACGACAUCGCCUUGAUCAAACUGGCCACUCCGGCCGAGCUGACCGACACCGUGUCCCCUGUUUGUCUGACAGACGUCACCGAUGGGUUCAAGAGCGGAGACCUCUGCGCCACCAGCGGAUGGGGAAAGACGCGCUACAACGCGUUCACCACCCCCAACAAGCUGCAACAAACAGCCCUGCCCCUCCUCUCGAACGAGAAAUGCAAAGAGUCCUGGGGCAGCAACAUCUCCGACUUGAUGAUUUGUGCCGGGGCAGCCGGCGCCUCUUCAUGCAUGGGUGACUCUGGUGGGCCCCUGGUCUGCCAGCAAGAUGGUGUCUGGAAGCUGGUGGGCAUCGUGUCCUGGGGAAGCAGCCGCUGCUCCGUCACCACCCCGGCCGUCUACGCCCGAGUCAGCCGCCUCCGCGACUGGGCCGAGGAGACCAUGGCCAACAACUGAGGAGACAAGGAAAUCAGGGCACCCAGGGGACAAUAAAGAGUUCCUCCCUCAUGAA